AUGGCCACAAUGUUGAAGACCGGAAAAUUAAUCUGUUACACGCUGCCCAAGAACAAAUCGCCUGCACAGCUGAACAGAUACUUUCAAACGCUGCGUAAAUACAAUGUUCCCCUGCAGAGGUGCCUGAACGACGUCUUACGAAGACAGAAUGCCGUCGGUCCGGUCGUGGGUUGUGCUCGGAUGUACGCUGCUCCGUCUGAAAAGAAAGUGUUCCAGAGGGUCAAACCGCAUUGUAACAUCGGCACCAUUGGACACGUAGAUCACGGCAAAACCACACUCACGGCUGCCAUCACUAAAAUUUUAUCAUCAAAAAAAAUGGCUAAGAUGAAACAAUAUGCUGACAUUGAUAACGCACCUGAAGAAAAAGCCCGUGGAAUCACCAUUAACGUUGCUCAUGUUGAGUAUGAAACUGAAGCUAGACAUUAUAGCCACACUGACUGCCCGGGACAUGCUGAUUACAUUAAGAACAUGAUCACUGGAACUAAUCAAAUGGAUGGAGCUAUUUUAGUAGUAGCUGCAACUGAUGGUGCUAUGCCUCAAACCAGAGAACAUUUAUUAUUAGCUAAACAAAUAGGAAUCGGUCAUAUUAUUGUAUUCAUUAAUAAAGUCGAUGCAGCUGAUGCAGAAAUGGUUGAAUUGGUUGAAAUGGAAAUUAGAGAACUGCUAACUGAAAUGGGUUUUGAUGGUGAAAAUUUACCAGUUAUUAAAGGUUCAGCACUAUGUGCCCUUGAAGGAAAAGAACCUGAAAUUGGAGAAAAAGCUAUUGAAGCUCUACUGGCCGAAGUAGAUAACUAUGUUCCACAACCAAUGCGUGAUUUAGAUAAACCCUUCAUGUUGCCAGUAGAACAUGUUUACUCUAUUCCAGGACGUGGCACAGUGGUAACUGGCAGAUUAGAACGUGGCAUAAUUAAAAAAGGAAAUGAAUGUGAAUUUGUUGGUUAUAACAAAGUCAUAAAAUCUACAAUCACUGGAGUUGAAAUGUUCCACAAAAUCCUUGAAGAGGCUCAAGCAGGAGAUCAGCUAGGAGCUUUAAUUAAAGGUACAAAACGAGAUGAUUUGAGACGUGGCAUGGUAUUGGCCAAACCAGGAACAGUCAAAAUGCAAGACUUUGUCUCCACUCAGGUGUAUGUGUUAAACAAAGAUGAAGGUGGAAACGGUAAACCACUUGUACCCUACCAACAAAUGCAAAUGUAUUCAAAGACUUGGGAUUGUGCUUGCCAAUUGAAUAUUGUUGGCAAAGAGAUGGUUAUGCCUGGUGAAGAUUGCUCUGUUGAGUUGAAGUUGAUCAGACCCAUGGUUCUGGAAAAGGGACAACGAUUCACAUUACGUGUGGCUGGUUCUACAGUCGGAACUGGAGUGAUUACUGAUAUUAAGAAAAGAUUAUUGGAUGAAGAAAGGCGAGGAUUGUUGGAAGGUAAAAAAGCACGAGAAAAGAAAAAUGCUGAGUAG